ACCGGACGAAGUUGGGCUUAGGUAGCUUCAGCCGGCCCCACCUGAAUAUUUUGUUGUAUAGCCAGCCAUCCUCUUGCCUGCCUGCUAUUAUAUAUUCUUGCACAUCACUUCUCAAAUUCUCCGUCUAUUCUUACAACAUCACACACACUUGUCCGAAAAAACACACACUGAUAUUUAUAGAAAGUUAAAGAGAUGGGUGAGACAGUGGAACUUCCAAAUAGACUGGGCAUUCUUCCUUUCAGAAACAAAGUCUUGUUGCCUGGUGCUAUCAUUCGAAUUCGAUGCACUUCUCCUAGCAGUGUUAAACUGGUGGAGCAAGAAUUGUGGCAGAAAGAAGACAAGGGAGUGAUUGGAAUCCUUCCUGUUCGUGAUGCUACUGAUACAAUGGCAAUAGGUCCUCCUGUGUUAUCUUCAGCACCGGGGCUUGACUUGGGAGAUCGGAAUCCAAAGUCUCAAGUUGGAGUGUCAGAUUCUCACAAGAUAAAUGGAAAAACUCAGCAGGAAGUUAUUCAGUGGCAUACAAGGGGAGUUGCAGCUCGAGCUUUACAUCUUUCCAGAGGGGUGGAGAAACCAAGUGGACGGGUCACUUAUAUUGUUGUUCUUGAAGGGCUGUGUAGAUUCAGUGUUCAGGAACUUAGUACAAGGGGAACUUAUUAUACUGCAAGAGUCUCUCCCCUUGACAUGACAAGGCCUGAGAUGGAGUUAGUAGAGCAAGAUCCAGAUUUCACAGCACUGUCACUUCAGUUCAAAGCUACCGCAAUGGAGCUUAUUUCUGUUCUUGAGCAGAAACAAAAAACAGGAGGGAGGACAAAAGUUCUCCUGGAGACAGUUCCAGUGCACAAGCUGGCAGAUAUUUUUGUUGCUAGCUUUGAGAUAAGCUUUGAAGAACAGCUUUCUAUGUUGGACUCUGUUGACGUAAAAGUUAGGCUUUCAAAAGCUACUGAAUUAGUUAAUCGCCAUUUGCAGUCAAUUCGUGUGGCAGAGAAGAUUACACAAAAGGUUGAAGGACAGUUGUCUAAAACACAGAAAGAAUAUCUUCUGCGUCAGCAGAUGAGGGCUAUCAAAGAAGAGCUUGGUGACAAUGAUGAUGAUGAGGAUGAUGUGUCUGCCCUCGAAAGGAAGAUGCAAAGUGCAGGAAUGCCUGCUAAUAUCUGGAAGCAUGCACAAAGAGAAUUAAGGCGACUAAAGAAAAUGCAACCCCAGCAACCGGGAUAUAAUAACUCUCGAGUUUACUUGGAACUUCUUGCUGAUUUACCCUGGCAGAAUGCUAGCGAAGAGCAUGAAUUGGACUUGAAAGCUGCAAAAGAGCGUCUUGACAGUGAUCAUUAUGGUCUAGUCAAGGUCAAGCAACGGAUAAUUGAAUAUUUGGCUGUUCGCAAGCUUAAACCAGAUGCUAGAGGAGCAGUUUUGUGCUUUGUUGGUCCACCAGGCGUUGGGAAGACAUCUUUGGCAUCAUCGAUCGCGACUGCGCUAGGCAGGAAAUUCAUACGUAUCUCUCUUGGUGGUGUUAAGGAUGAGGCUGAUAUUAGAGGACAUAGGAGGACAUACGUCGGAAGCAUGCCUGGGCGUCUCAUUGAUGGAUUAAAGAAAGUAGCUGUUUGUAAUCCUGUUAUGCUCCUUGAUGAGAUUGACAAGACUGGUUCCGAUGUUCGGGGAGAUCCGGCCUCAGCUCUACUAGAGGUUCUCGACCCUGAACAGAACAAAACAUUUAAUGACCACUAUUUGAAUGUUCCAUAUGACCUUUCGAAGGUCAUAUUUGUGGCAACUGCAAAUAAAGCACAACCUAUUCCUCCACCUCUGCUAGACAGGAUGGAAGUGAUUGAACUCCCUGGUUAUACUCCGGAAGAAAAGCUUAAAAUUGCGAUGCGACAUUUGAUUCCAAGAGUAUUGGAUCAACAUGGAUUAAGUUCUGAUUUUCUUCAAAUUCCCGAGGUUAUGGUGAAACUCAUUAUUGAAAGAUACACUAGGGAAGCUGGUGUUAGGAAUCUGGAAAGGAAUCUAGCAUCUUUAGCUCGUGCAGCCGCAGUAAGAGUAGCAGAGCAAGAGCAUGUUAUUCCGCUUAGCAAAGAUGUCCACCAACUUUCUUCUCAUUUGCUCGAAAGUAGGCUAGGAGACAGUGCUGAAGUUGAAAUGGAAGUAAUUCCAAUGGGUGAUAAUCACGAGUUGUCAAGAGACUUCAGGGUUAAUUCACCAUUGAUUGUUGAUGAAUCCAUGCUCGAGAAAGUAUUGGGGCCUCCAAGGUUUGAUGACAAAGAAACUGGAGAGCGAGUUGCAGCACCUGGAAUAUCAGUGGGACUGGUGUGGACUGCAUUCGGAGGAGAGGUUCAAUUUGUGGAAGCUACGUCAAUGGCAGGGAAGGGUGACCUGCAUCUCACUGGUCAACUUGGUGAUGUUAUUAAAGAAUCCGCGCAGAUUGCACUUACUUGGGUAAGGUCAAGAGCCACUGAGCUUAAGUUCGCCACUGCCAACGAAACAAAUCUAUUGGACGGGCGGGAUGUUCACAUUCAUUUCCCUGCUGGUGCGAUACCUAAAGAUGGUCCCUCAGCAGGUGUAACCCUCGUAACGGCACUGGUGUCACUAUUUAGUCAUACAAAAGUAAGAUCAGAUACGGCAAUGACAGGGGAGAUGACACUGCGGGGUCUAGUAUUACCAGUUGGUGGUGUCAAGGAUAAGGUUUUGGCAGCACAUCGGUAUGGUAUAAAGAGAGUUCUCCUGCCAGAGCGGAACUUGAAGGAUCUGGCUGAAGUACCAGCAGCUGUUUUGGCCAGUAUGGAGAUAUUGCCAGCCAAGCGAAUGGAAGACGUGCUGGAGCAUGCCUUCGAAGGUGGAUGCCCCUGGAGAAAAAGCUCAAGGUUAUGACUUGUCACAACUCUGGCCUUAUUUUUCCAGCAAACCUCGAGGUGAUCCAUUUAGCUCAAUUCGCUCUUAGCAAAUAAGAUUCUGGCAUUGAGCGGCUGAAUCGGUAUCCGCGAGAGUAGCUGAAGUUUAAACAGUACUGACUAAUGACACUGGCAUCCACCAAGUCCCCGAGAAGUCUAUGCAUUGUAUGUAACAUCUUUUAUAUUUGCAACAAGAUGCAUAACACCCCUCUCUCUUAUUCCCUCUCCCAUGAUUUGGCAGUGUAUAAAAUCGUGUUUGUAAGCACCUUCGGAACCCUGUUGCUAUAUAUAUCAAAUAAUAAUCCACAAAUAUUCAAAGAAAGUUAUAUGAUAGUAUAUAUAAUAUAAAAUGUUUCAAAUAGUAUUCAUUUUUCUAAUCAAGUAUAGUACUAUA